CCCUCUUAAUACAACCACCGAAGAAGAAAUCCACGGGCCGGAAGUGUUCUUGUUGUGGCGGAACAGAAAUGAGCGGAGCUAAAAGAAGCUAACAGAAGCUAACAGAGACUCUGUGAGUGUAACUGUGGGAGUGAGAGAUGGCCGCGGACAUCACUGUGAGGAUGACGGAGCGGCGGCGUCCUGCAGAAGAAGACGUUUGUCCUCUGGAGUCUAAAACUGUGAGGCUGGACAGGAAGUGUCACACAGGAAGUUUCCCUGAGAACCGGCGUGAUGAGGAGAGGACACCUGUCUCAGGUGUUGGGAUGUUGGUCACCGUGGAGACCAGUGAGGCCAGUGAUGACGAGCUGGGACGACUCGACAUCGACCUGGACAGGAAGUCAAAACAGCACAACCUGACCUCCAGGAACGUGCGCGCCAUCCUGCAUGAGGUGAUUACCCAUGAGCAUGUUGUUGCCAUGAUGAAGGAGGCCAUCAGGGACACUCAGGACCUCCCCAUGUUUGAGCCCAAGAUGACUCGAUCCAGACUGAAACAGGUGAUCCAGCAGGGACAGGCACUGAACUGGAGUCUGUCUGCAAUCAACUCAACAACCAUCAAGCCUCCUCAGUUUGUGGACAUUGAUCUUGAGGAUGAUGAAGACUCUUCUGAUGAGGAGUACUGUCCUGAUGAAGACGAGGAGGAGGACACCACAGAGGAGAUGUUUCUCAGUGAUGGAGACAGUCUGACCUCCCCCCCUCGAGCCAUGAGGCCCCCUGGAGUCCAAAACCUAGAACACCUGAGGACUAAUAUGACCUCACAGAGAUUACCUGGACUCUCAGGUGGACAGGUGAUCCCCUCCAGCUGCCCUCUUCAGCCCUCAGCGCCUCCGAGUCCUCGUUUCUUGCAAGACUGA